AUGGAGAUCAUCUACGUGUACACGCGGAAGCGCAGCGAGUUCGGCCGACCCUGCAGCUUCUCUGACCGGCCGGCCAAGGUCAACGUGGAUAUCCCCCCCGACCCCAGCAUGGCCAGCGACUUCGUCCUGAGGAACCCCGUGGACAGCUAUGUCCAGCACACCAGCGACAUGUCGGAGCACGAGGUCAACACCGAGCGGGUGGAGGUGGAAUCCCGCGGUGUCAACCACGUAGAGGGCGGCUGGCCCAAAGACAUCAACCCGCAGGAGGUGGAACAAACCAUCCGCUUCAGGAAGAAAGUGGAGAAAGAUGAACACUACAUCAACACCAUCACGCACCUCGGCACCCUGAUGGAGCACUGCGUCAAGCAGAACAACGCCAUCAACAUCUAUGAGGAGUACUUUGGAGAGGAGGAGGUGGCAGAGGUGGAAGACGAGCCCCCUUCCGCAAAAACCAUCAAUGUCAUCAGGGAUCCAAACAUAACCAAGAGGACGGCCACGCAUCUCUCCUGGCACCCUGACACAUGCAAGAAAUUGGCAGUGGCUUAUUCCAGCCUGGAGUUCCAACAAAACACAAAAGACAUGAGCUUUGACUCGUACAUCUGGGAUCUUGAAAACCCCAACAAGCCGGAGCUCGUUCUCAAGCCGUCGUCCCCUCUCGUGAGCCUGGAAUACAACCCCAAAGACUCACACGUCCUGGUGGGAGGAUGCUACAACGGGCAGAUGGCUUACUGGGACACCAGGAAAGGGGGGCUGCCCGUGGAGGUGUCCACCGUGGAGGUCAGCCACAGGGACCCCGUGUACGGAGCCAUCUGGCUGCAGUCCAAAACGGGCACCGAGUGCUUCUCAGCCUCCACCGACGGACAGGUCCUGUGGUGGGACAUCCGCAAGCUGUCUGAGCCCACCGAGACGCUGGUCUUGGAUGUCACCCGGAAAGGGCUCCUGGAGAACGCUCUGGGUGCCGUCACUCUGGAGUUCGAGCCCACCAUGCCCACCAAGUUCAUGGUGGGCACAGAGCAGGGCAUCGUCAUCGCCUGCAACCGCAAGGCCAAGACACCCCCCGAAAAAAUCACCAGCACCUACAGUGGCCACCACGGACCUGUCUAUGCGCUGGCCAGGAACCCUUUCUACCCCAAAAUCUUCCUGACGGUCGGCGACUGGACUGCUCGAAUCUGGUCAGAGGAGACCAAGGAAUCGUCAAUUAUGUGGACCAAGUACCACCUCUCCUACCUGACGGACGGGUGCUGGAGCACUGUGAGGCCGGCCGUCUUCUUCACCACCAGAUCGGACGGGACCCUGGACGUCUGGGACUUUCUCUUCAAGCAGAACGACCCCUCCCUCAGCCUGAAGGUCUGCGACGAGCCCCUCUCCAGCCUGCGCCUGCAGGACAACGGGUGCGUUGUUGGCUGCGGCUCGAAGCUGGGCACCGUCACCCUGCUGGAAAUCUCCUCCGGGCUCUGCACUCUCCAGAGGAACGAGAAGACCCUGGCCACUGCUGUACGUGUGCUUUGGGCCGCAAGCCGCUGCCUGCGGCUGAAGGAGCGCGCCAGGUCAGAGGCCCAGGAGACAGAGGUAGAAGAGAAGCCGGUGGAGAGUCCCCAUGAGGUGCUCAACCGUGCCCGCAGGGAGUUCUUCGAGGUCAUCGAAGUGGAGCUGCAGAGGAGGGCGCAGGCAGAGACCCAGCGCCUGCCCUCUCUUUUUCAGGUUAAAGACUGCGUGGGAGAGGAGGCGGCUGCACAGGGGGAAGAGAGCCAGCUGCUCAAGGACAAGGAAGAAGAGGAGGAGGAGAAGGAUGCUGCCAAGGAGCCGUAG